GCAUAGCAUGCCGCUCAGCUCAGUUGGUCGCCGGACGUCAGCUCAGCUGCCAACUGCCAACUUCAUUCAGUUCCUUUCGAACGUUGCGCCAAAGCGGCCGAAGAAAAGUUCAGCUCCAGAGUCGAACGUUGUCGAAUCGAAUCGAGCCAAAUCUCAAUCGAGCUCAGUGAAACAGUUAUCAGAAAAAUUUCGAAAAAUUAAUUCGCGUAAAAUAUUUUCGAAAAAAAAUCAAAAAACAACAACAACACAAUUUUUAAGUGGCAAAGUUAAUAAAAAUUUAGAAAUUAAAAACCCAAAACAAAACGCAGCACAUUUCUUGGAUUAAGUGCCACAAAGUUCCUGUUAGCAGCAGCAACACAUCAACCACUUGGAUUACUACAAACAACAGUAUUAUCACUUAAAACUAGCACAAAAAUCGACAAAAAAAAUAUAAAAAAUCAUUUUUUAAUUAAACUACAACAAUUUGCUAGGCAACCAAAAAAACAAAAAAAAUAAAACAACAACAAACUUGUGCAACAUCCCAAAACAAAUGUGAAAGCGUGACAAACAAACAAACAAAAAAUAUACGAAAAACAAAUGAGCAAAAAGUGAACAAAAAAGUGAAAAGUACGAAAGAGUGAGUGUUUGAAAAUGCUGCAGUGAACCAUUUUUGAGAAAACAAAAACCACAACAAACAAAACAAAAAAAAACACCAAUCAACAAAAUAUAAGUCCACAACAUCAGCAGCAACAACACAGAGAGACAAGUGUUGUUGUCCCAUGUAUUUGUUGAUGCCAUGCAAUUGAUUGUUGACAAAAUUCCCAUGUAUUCCAAACAAACAACGAAGCGCAAUUCCAAAAAGUAAGUUUCAAGAACCUCUACCAAAAAAAAAAAAGAAAACUGCACAACAAACAAACAAACAGUGAAAAGUGUCCAAACCAAAGCAAACAAACAAACAAGCAAGCGGAAAGGAAAAACCCUUCCAGUGAACUGAUAAACUGAUAACAGCGCCAAUAGAGACAGCAACAAGCCGGAGGAAAAGAGAUAGCCUUCCACAGCUGCUGCUGUCGCUUCUUCUUCUUCUUCACGUGGUGCACCUGUCCCACCCAAAAAAAAAAUUAAAUAAAACAACAAACAUCUUUAACAACAACUACGAACUACAACAAUUAACACACCACGCGCUGUUGCCAUAAAACCCAAAAGAAAAAGAAAACUUAGGAAAAAUGAUGAAAUGAACCAGCAGGCGGGCUCCUCAAGGGCGCCAGCCACCGGGGGCCAAAUCUCACCGCCAGGUGCCACAACAGUCGGCGUGGACCAGCAACAACAGUUGCAACAGCAGCAGCAACAACAAUACUACAACCAGCAGCAGCAGCAACAGUACCAGCAGCAACAUCAGCGCGAAAAUUUUCUGGCCUACCAGCAACAGCAACAGCAGCAACAUCAACGAUCAGUGGGCGGCGGUGGUAACUUUAUGCUGGGCAAUGACCUUGUCGGCGGCGACAGCCUGCGCAGCCUAAACAAUACCUUCGGUCCCAAUUCAGAGUUCACGUCUCACGGAGGCGCCACCAGCUCUGCAAGUUCCUCGCUAAGCGGACUAAGCAACGCCAACGGUCAGGGAUACACGGGCAUGGUUGCUGCCAGUCAGCAACACCAGCAGCAACAGCAACACCACCAACAACAGCAUCACCAACAGCAACAGCAACACAUGUCCAGCAUGGAUGCAAUGGGCGGUUACAGUCAGAUGGGUGGCGGUAUGCACCCCGGACCAAACAGCGGCAUGAUGGGCAACAUGAAUGCCCAGUACAUGAAUGGUGGAUCCGGCCAAGGUGGCUACAAUGGCAGCCAAGGCAUGGGAAUGGGCUAUGGGGGAGGUGGCAACAUUGGACCCCAGAGGCAUCAUCAAAUGACGCCUAUGAACCAGAUGCAGAAUAUGUCAAUGGGACCGGGAGUCGGUGGAAGUGGCGGCAUGGGCGGCGGCAUGAACCCCCUCCAGCAACAGGCGGCGCAGCAGCAAAUGGGCGGCAUGAACCCAAUGGCCAAGAUGCAGGGCAUGGCCAAUGGUGGAUAUCCCCAGCAGGCGCCACCAAGUCUUUCUCAGCAGCAACAACAACAGCAACAGCAGCGAAGAAUGGCCCCUUAUCCCCACCCCCAGAUGCACAUGGCCCAGAAGCGGGCGGCAGGUGGAGUGGGUGGAGCGGGAGGAAUGUAUCCGGGAAAUCCCAUGCAACAGCAGCAACAGGCGCAGAUGUACGGAAAUCAGCAGAUGCAUCCCGGAUCCGGGGGAGGAGUUCCACUGCCCAUGCAGGCAGGUGGAGCUGGCAAUGGCUACGGACGUAGUGGACCCAUGGGCGCCGGAAAUGGAGGUUACGGCCGUAUGUCGGGGGCCAAUGGAAUGGGUCCCAAUGGUGGACCUGUAAUGGGACCCAUGGGUCCCGGGGGUAUGACCGCUGGAGGAAUGGGUCCUGGACCCGGUUGCAUGAGCCAGCAGCGUUUCAUGCCUCAAGGAUCCGGCGGUGGAAUGCCCGGAGUUGGUUACGGAGGAGUCGGAGGAGCUGGCUCGCAUCAGGGUCAGUUCUAUCCGGGCAGCGGCCAAAGUGCUGGAAUGCAACAGGCAGGAGGCAUGUGCCCGGCGGGUCCGGGCGGCGUGGCCACCACCGGCAAUCCUUACCAGAAUCAAGGUUUCCAGCAAAACUAUCAGCACAGUCCAGUUCCUGGCAAUCCCACGCCUCCGUUGACGCCCGCCUGCAGUGUGCCGUAUGUCAGCCCAAAUCCGGAUAUUAAGCCACCCAUGGACAACAGCGAAGAAAUGAGACUGACAUUCCCGGUGCGCGAUGGCAUCAUCCUGGCUCCUUUCCGCCUGCUGCACAACCUUUCGGUCAGCAACCACGUGUUCCAUCUCAAGCAGAAUGUUUAUAACACGCUGAUGUGCAGAACCGAUUUAGAGCUGCAGCUGAAGUGCUUCCACCAGGAUGAUCGCCAGAUGAAUACCAAUUGGCCGCACACCGUCACAGUCUCCGCGAAUGCCACGCCUCUGAAUAUUGAGCGGUCUGAAAAGAACAGUACCGCCCUGCGUCCGCUUUACUUGAAGGCCGUCUGCCAACCCGGAAGGAAUACUCUCCAACUGACCGCCAGUUCCUGCUGUUGUUCACACUUGUUUGUGCUGCAGCUAGUCCAUCGACCAUCGGUUCGUCAGGUGCUGCAGACGCUACACAAGCGCAACUUGCUGCCCCUGGAGCACAGUGUGCAGAAGAUCAAGCGCAAUUUGAGCCAACCUGAAACGAAUCCCGGAUCGGAGGGCACGCCCUCACAGCAACAGGGCGGCGGUGGUCAACAGUGCGCCAAGAUCUCAUUGAAGUGCCCGAUCACGAAGUCCCGGAUACGACUUCCGGCCCGAGGACACGAAUGCAAGCACGUCCAGUGUUUCGAUUUGGAGGCGUAUCUAAUGAUCAACAGCGAAAGGGGAUCUUGGCGUUGUCCUGAAUGCAACAAGUCGGCCAUUACUGAUACCCUGGAAAUUGAUCAGUACAUCUGGGCCAUACUCAAUACGCUGAGCAACUCGGAUGUGGAUGAGGUGAUCAUCGAUUCAUCGGCUAAUUGGCGGGCAUUGCAACAUAAUGGCGGCAUGCCAAAUGCACCGCCACCCUCGAAUGUUCCUAGCAAUCCCAGUGGCGGCAGUGGCUCCAAUUCCGGAAACGGAAGUGGCAAUCCCCCCACCCUGCCGGCCAUUAAACAGGAACUGUGCGACGACAUCGCCAAGGUCAUGUCGCCGGGAUCCACCCAACUGCCCACCUGGGACAGUGCGCAGGCCAUGAGUCCCUAUAACAUGCACGACAUGAACUCCAUUGCCAGCGGCAACAUGAUGGGCAACGGCGGCAACGCUAACCAGCAUGGCAACCGCAGCAACUACGAUGGCUUCAAUGGUAACCACAGUGAUGGCAGCGGUGGCUUAGCCGGCAGCGAUGGUGUCAACUCCCUCGACCAGCUGAAUGCCAUGGAAAAGUCACUUAGCGAUCAGAUGCCCCACACCCCGCACACUCCUGGAGCGGCCAGUCAUCCGAUGACACCUGGCGGACCGCCCAGUGUUAGCAGCUCCCACAAUGAACCGAUCAGUGGGGGAACGCCCAAUGCCAACGGAAGCGGAAGUGGCAGCAAUGGAAGCGGCAACAACAACAGCAGCGGGGGCCACAACUCGCCCCAGACGCCGGGAACGCCCAGUCGAAUGGGUGGUGGUGGUAUGGGAGGCGGCGGAGCAGACAGCCAGCAGCAGCAGCAGGAACAGCUACUCAACUCGCUGAUGAGCAGUCAGACCCAGUUGAAGUUCAGCGAAAGCGAUCUAAGUGCCGAGUUGCAAAGCUUCGAUGCGGCGGCAGCGGGCAUUAAUGAUACCGCUCACGAUCUGAAUCUGCUGCAGGAUGUGGAUCCCAUGGAAAUCCUGUCCUAUCUCGAUCCUCAGCCUGAUCUUAACACUCCGCCCUCGAGUGGCAGUAGCAACAACAAUGCCAGCGACGACCUGCUGGCCACGUUAUUUGACUAAAUUUUGCCCAAGCCCUCAAGUAAAGGAGAAUCGCGGCCGAAAGCUGAGAGAGAGUUGGAGAAUUGACAUGGCAAAAAUACCAUACAUUGUAUAUAGUAUUAUUAAUUUUAAUGAAAUGUGCACUAGAAGCAAGUCGCGUACUUCAACAAACAUUUUCGUUUCCUCACACAAACCAACAGCAGCAACAAGUAAAACCACAAAAAUGGAUAAACUAUUACAAACAACACACUGGAUGAGAAAUCGAAGCGGAAAUUCAAAUUUGCCCGUGUUGAAAAACAAUGAAAUGUGAUUUAAAAAUUAAUUAAUUAAAUUAAUUGGCAUUUAA